AUGGAAGCCCUGGAUGGCUUGCUGCCGAGGCUCCACAUUCUUCGCUGCGUUUGCGGUGGUGCGGAGAAGCUCCCCUGCGCAAGCCUUCGGGCACUGGCAGCAGUCUCCAAGAGCUGGCAGGAGCUCAGCCUAUGUCCGGAGAUAUUGCCCUUCGGUCGGCAGCUGCACUGCCGGUUGUUGACGCCGGGGAAUGUGUGUAAGAGAUCUGGGGAGAUUUGGCCUCCCGGCGAGGCGUUGGAGGUGCACCGAACUGGGGCCUCGGAACCUUUGGGGGAACGGGACACGUUGGUCCGGUUCUUCCACACUUGCUUGCACAGGGAUUAUCAGCCCGCAGAGAGGCUCAGGCAGCAGUUCGACGAGGCACGGACCUUUGAAGCUUUCAUUCAGCUCCUGUCUGAAUUCCGCAACACUCACUUCCCCAGACCUGCUGGCCCGGGCGAUGCGCCACCACCCGUGUGGUGCUCUGCAGCUGUGGUACUGCCGAGCGGCCGACUUUGUACAGUGGGCGGCGGCUGCUACAGCUAUGAGCUGGCAAACGUGCAGACGAGGAUGGUGGAAGUGCUUUGGGAGCAGCCCAACGUCUACGUCUUCGACACCGCACGGCGGAGCUGGUCGCGACAACCAACACAAGGCACACCGCCCCCAGUCGCCCACACCUAUGCAGCAGCCCACACCUUGCUGGGCGACAAGUGGGUGUUCUGGUGCGGAGGAUACUACGGCCAGGCCUACAACACAGCCUACAGUUUGGAUGUGCAUACGUGGACCUGGAGAAGCUUGCGGAACAGUUCGGAUCAGUGCCCCACGCCUCGCUACUUCGCGUCCUCCUUCGAGUUCAACGGCGCGCUAUAUGCGUGGGGUGGUCGCUGCAAUCAGAAUAGUUAUUGCGAUGACCUUUGGCGUCUUGAUCGCUCCCGAGCACAUCAGGAUGUCAUCCACACCGACAGGGUCCCAGCCACAGGCAGCCUUCCGCCGGCAAAGUUCGCAGCGACACUGACGAACUGUGAUGACCGCUUUGCGGUACUCUUUGGCGGCGGCCAGUGGCAAACUGGGGGACGCUUCCAGUCGGACGCCGACACCUACUCACUGGAUUUGGAGACAUUUCUCUGGACGAAGCUCGCAACGUUUGGCCCGGAGCCGACGCCACGUCUUCAACAUUCCGCCCUAAAUUUGGGCGGCAAUCUUGUCUUGAUACUGGGAGGCUAUGAACCUCGCCAGCGGCGAUAUCUGGGAUUGGAGAGCGCGUCUGUCCUGAACGUCCGCAGCCUGCAGUGGAUGAAGCUUAACUCAGGCCCCAUCCUGCAGGUUGGUUGCGCCGUGAAGGUCCGAAAUGGGGAUGGCGCAGUCUACGAUGCAACGGUUCUGGGUGGACCGGUGCAGCUGCCUCGACGCGAGGUGCAGGGCUGGCGCGUGCGCGACCAUGAGGACAACGUCCGAGUCGUUGCCGCCGAUCAACUGACAAAGGUCUCAGCCCCGAGCCGCAACAACUCGGACACUGCCGAGGACACUGCGGAGCGGGAUUUGAAUCUGUAUGCUCCCGGGCUGGAUGACUUGUCCUACAUCGACAUUCAGGACGGUGAUAGCUGGAUGUCCGGCCAAUUUCCAUGCCGACGGGCAGGCAUGGCAGUGGCUCCCACCACAGCCCGCGGCUGCCACUCCUUCUUCCUGUUUGGAGGGGCGCAGUACGUGCAUCAGGAGUGGUAUUCCGACGUCUUCGAGUGCUCGUUGGACGCUGGCGGUUACGGCUGA